AUGCUUUCGAGAUGGAACAAUCGGAUUUUAGUAAAGCAAGCAUGGAAAUUGGAAAGAACUUCAUUAUUCGGGUGCAAAGAGGUGAUUGCUUCAGCUACUAAAGAUUCAUGUUAUUGUGUAAACUUGAUCAUCUUGACGCCGUCAAUCCAAGUAAUCAUUGUCGUUUGCUCAUGCUGCACGUUCACAUUAUUCUCCUCGUCAACACAACUAGAAUAG